GAUUCUUUCUUUUAUUAUUAUUCGUUGGGCGCCGUCAAAGGCAUGGCUGAUGAACGGGAUGAGUUCCGAGUGGGCAAUUUGCCUCAGGGUCUGAAUGUGAGCGCUUCCAACGGACCUCCUGAAGCAUUACGGUCGUUUUCUUCCAACUUGGCACUGCGUCAAGACGUCAACACUUUUGGCUUGGCAGGCAAGAUUUGGCAUAGUGCAUACACUAUUCAGGCCUACUUUUCGCCCGACGUUCAACGUCUCAUCACGCCUCAGCAACCGAUACCCUUGGCCUACUUUAAAGACAGCACGGUCGAUGUGUCUGGUGCCAAACCUUACCGGAUCCUUGAACUCGGUGCAGGCACCGGCUAUGUGGGGAUUGCGCUUGCCAAUAUGUUGCGCGAACCGUGUCAGGUAUACAUUACCGAUUUGGAGCAAGUGGUGCCGUUGAUUGAAGAAAACAUUGCCACGCACUACCAACCGGGUCACGCUCAAGUGUUUGCACGUCGCUUGCACUGGGGUAACCAGGCCGACGCCGACGCCUUGCUUGCCGACGGACCAUUUGAUCUGGUUGUUAUUUCGGAUUGCGUGUACUUUCCCGAAUUGUUCGAUAUUUUAACCGACACGCUGCUUCACGUAUGCAAUGACACCACCCGGGUUUUGAUCGGAUACAAAUGCCGUUCGCUGGAAAAGGAAGUCGGGUUCUGGCAGGAUUACUUUGGACGGUUCUUUGAAUACGAGCCUGUGCGCAAAUUGGACGGAUACGAUGCAGAUGAUGAUGGGACAGACUCGACCAAAGACGAUGAGGAAAUGGAUCUAUCGACGGGAGAAGGAGGAGGAGGCAUGUUUGGUGAAGAAGAGCAAGUAUUCAUAUUUACCGGCAUCAAACGGGCCGAAAAAGACAUCAAAACUGCCGAUGAUACGUUCAUCACCCUCAUGUUGUGCUCUAUUGGCAUCUAAUCGAGGCGUCCCACCCACCAUUUUGGUCCCAUAUUACCCCCAUUGCCAGAGAUAGAAGAUUCCCUCCAAAAAAUACAAAUAAUAAAAACCCAA